AUGCCUAGAAGUUAAUAUGACUAAUGUAUUUUAAUUAUCAAAUACUAAUAACUGGAGCUUAUUAAAAUGUUAGACUAUCAAUAUUUUACACUUGUUGUGAUAUAUGAAGAAAAUAUUCUUUCUUAGGAAUAAAAGAUUAUUAAUUUUAUACAAAUUAUAAACUUCUAUAUCACUAUUUGUUGGAGAAGCAUCAAAUAUAAAUCUUAUACCUUUUCAAGGAAUGAUUUCAAACUUAAAAUUUAGAUAUUGCUUUCAAUCCAAUUUUUUAUUUAGAUUUUAAUUUAAUUUAUGUAUAUUAUAAUAAUUAAUUGAAAUAGACUGCAAUCCAUUAUGUAAGAGUUUCAUGUUAUGAUAAAUAAAAUCUAUAUUAUUAAUCUGAACUAAAAUUAUGUUUAUGUAAAAAAGAUUAUAAAGAAAGUUAAAAUUUAAUUUGUUCCAGGAAUUAUGAUUGAUAAAAUAAGAAAACCAUUUGAGUUCUAUGUCAAUAGAGUAAUCUCUAUACAAAGAAUUUAAUAUAAAAGAAAUUACUAAUAUAAAUAAAUGUAACUUUGUAUAUUUUUAGGUUUGGAGAGAUGA